ACGUCAGCGGUCAGCUGACAUGUUUGUUUUGCUUACUAGGAGGUCGUCAUGAUAAAAACAUAGACGAAGACAAGGAGCACAUCAAACUGCACAGACUAACGUCGAAAGCUCUUCACAGCCAUUGAAACACAGCUGUACGUAAUUUGUCACAGACCGUGUCGUCAACGGCUACCUUCUUUGUUUGCUAACACCACAAUUACCUCCGUUGUCGACUGGGCGACGACUUUGACGCAGUAUGCCUUCAGAGAAAUCCUUCAAACAAAGGAGGACAUUUGAUCAGCGAGUAGAAGAUGUCCGGCUGAUCAGGGAGCAGCACCCGAACAAGAUCCCUGUGAUCAUCGAGAGGUAUAAAGGAGAGAAACAGCUCCCCAUCCUGGACAAGACGAAGUUCUUGGUGCCAGACCACGUCAACAUGAGUGAACUCAUCAAGAUUAUCAGGAGGCGCCUCCAGCUCAAUUCCAACCAGGCUUUCUUCUUGCUGGUCAACGGCCACAGCAUGGUGUCUGUGUCAGCUGCCAUCUCGGAGGUUUACGAGCGGGAGCGGGACCAAGACGGCUUCCUCUACAUGAUGUACGCCUCCCAGGAGACCUUUGGCGCCGGCCCGACCCCCCAGUGAUCAGCCUUCCUCUCCUCUCCCUUUUGGCCAGCGAUUGGACAAUUGUAGUUUUUAGUUCCUCUUCCUGGUUUUCCCUUAAUAACCCUGUCUUCCCUCCACAUUAGUCCCGACUAUAUGAACUAAAACGCAAAUUGCUUCAUGUAAAGACAAAGUAGAGGUAGUGAUUUUUGUUUUAUGGAUUCUGACAGUGUGUUUGUGCCUGUGUGUAGUUUAGGCCACACAGGUAAAGCAGAGUUUAAGAGGGAAAAGCGGUUGAUUCUUGAUGUCUAUGUCUACUCUGUCUGCAUUCUUCAUCAUGUCUGCUAUGCUGGCAGCAGAUUCAUUUUAGGCUGUGUUUUUUUCUAUUCAUCUUUAGCGAUUUAGCAUAAACGCGGUGCUGCUCCACCACCUUUUGAUAUUUACAUUUCCAGUAGCAAAUGAACAAAGCUAACGAUCAUCUAAAGUGGAACAGAAUGGCCGCUGUGUAGAUUCAAGAGGCCUGCACAUUUUUAAAAAGAUGUCCAAAUUAGAGAACAUUGAAUGCUUGAGUAUUGUUAAUAUAAAAAGUGGUCGUAUAAUCGAGGCCGGUGCAGGUGUGCCUUAAAGCAGCAUCAGUGGAUGACCCAACUGGUUACAAAUAGAUGUUUGACCUGUACAACACAUCAAGAGAACAUUUAAGCAUCGUGUUAUGUAAAUAAUUAUCCCAUUCACAGUCAAAUAUACCAUAAAGCAAUGGCUGUGUGUCAAUCACAAUCAAGGUGAUGUGAUGUACUUGAAAGGUGUGUGUUCCCUCCACCUUCUGGUCCAAAUAUGGUCACUUCCGCCUCCAAAAAGAGACCACUUGUCCACUUUUUAAACAGUCUAUGGUUAUAGCUGUGAUCUGGCCCAUCCCACGCCUUUACUUGACUUCUCUUAAGGUAUUCAACACCAACAAAAACAUGGUCUUGCUGAGGGGUUUUGUGAACUUCGGACACUACAGUGGGGCUUCAUUUCAUGUCACAAGAUAUUUAAGGAGAGGAAGGAGGUGUGAAACACAACGCGACUGUGUCACUGUGUUGACUUUGGCCCACAGGGUUGAUUUCCGGGUGCUGCUGCUGGCAGUGGGGGAACUUGACUGUGGUUGCACUGUGUGUUGCAAAGGGCUGCACAUCCUGUGUGUGCACGCAGACCUUGAUGCAUCUUAUGUUGUGCAGGGUGAGGUGCAACUGCCUCUAUCAUUGUAUUUUAUCAUUGGGAUUGUUUCAUGUAAUUUUUUUAUUUCAUUGUGCAACACCAUCAUUGACAGACAAGUCAAAGCUACUGUGCGUUGCAGAGGGGUGGAGCAUUUGUUUGUGUUGUCUUCUAGCCCCACAUUCUCACACAUUCACACACAGCAAUAGCCACUUGCGUAUUUAUGUUGAUAUUUUGUUAACAAUAAAAGGAAAAAAAAAGUGUCAAAUGUCCAUUGAUGUAUUUUACAGUUCCACACAUGAAAAGUGCAGCUUGUCCACUAGGAUGUAAUGUGACAAUAGAAAUGAAACUUUAGAGUAGUCAGUGCAGAGCUUGUACAGCUGCACAGAUUCACUGUGCACUGAAAAUGACCUCCCGCACAGCUAUCGACCGAAAAGCCUUACAGAGUGAAUGUCAAGUGUCAAGAUAAUUAUCUUGUAGUGAACGAGUUUUGACAGUCAUUAAAAGUCCAUUUGUCUCGAUUAACUCCUUUACUUACCCUGCUAAAUCAGGUAGCAUGGCAUUAAUUGUGCAACUGUUACUCAAGCUGCACUUGUAUAAGUGUAUUAACCUUGUGGAAAAAGCAACUCGGUGGCUGAGUGGUUGGCACACAGGACACACAGUCAGGCGAUCAGGUUUGAAUCUCCACUGGGCAUUUCUGUAUGGAGUUUGCAUGUUCUCCCCGUGCGUGCGUGGGUUUUCUCCGGGUACUCCGGUUUCCUCCCACAUUCAAAAAAAAAAAAGCUAUAAAAUUGUCCAUAGGUAUGAAUGUGGGCGUGAAUGAACGAUUGUCUAUAUGUGCCCUGUGAUUGGCUGGCGACCAGUCCAGGGUGGACCCCGCCUCCCAAAGUCAGCUGGGAUAGGCUUCAGCGACCCUAAUGAGGAUAAGCGGCAUAGAAAAUAGAUGGAUGGAAAAGGCUCCUUGCCUCAAACCAACUCACCCUACUACUGCCUGUUCCUGUCUGAGCUGCCACUCGCUAAUGCCAAGCUGAGAACUAGAACUCGGGAACUGGUGAACCUAGACUCAGACUCGCUAACGCCAUAUGAUUGCGUCGACAAGUCAAUCGUGAAUCUGACAUGGCCUCACGUGUUCAGUGAGUCGGGUAGGUUGACUUGUGCCUGUGCGAGUUUCUCGGGUGAUGAUGACAUCGCAUUGAACCCUGAAUGAUGUUGUCAGCGCCAUAUUGGAUGGGGCAAGAGAGAACGGGGAAGAUGCCAAAUUCAUGUUCUACCUGGAACUGUACUAACCGGUUUUCAGUCCAAACAUGAUCUUACAGGAUUACCUUUUACAGGUAGGGCUGAAAAAAUACUUUAGAUAGUAGGGGAGACUGGGGACAGUUGCAACAGGGGACGGUUGCAACAAGCCUUAUUUGUCUAAUCAGUAACAUGCUAGAGUGAUGACACUCAUACUGCACAUGCUCAGUUAGACCCUCUACUCGCCAAGAAGAAAGCAGCCAUAUUGCGCAUCUGGUCCAGCUUCUAUCAAGACAAAGUUGUUUUGGAGGUAUGAAAGUAGCUUUUUUCACAAGCUGUAUUUUUGUCAUACUAUCCUAAUAUGUUGUAUGAAUUACUCCAAACCUACCAGGUUUGAAUCACUGUUUUGUUGACUAUUCAGCAACAUUGCUUACAUUUGUCAGUGUCACUGUGGCUAGUUGGCACAUGGUGAUUUGUCGUGACUGAUACUAUGGGGACGGUUGCAACUGUUGCAACUGUCCCCAUGCUAAUAUCAAAAUGGACCACACUAGGCACAAUUAAUAUAUUUAACUGCUCAUGAUGGGCAGAAUAGGGAAUCAUAAUAAUAAAUGAAUGCUAAUGAUAAACAAAAUAAUAAAAAAUCUGAACAGAGGAAGGCAAAAAAAAUAUAUAAGAACAUCAAACCACAAAGAAAAGUGUAAAGAAAACCAAAAAAAAAAAAAAAGAAGAGAGAAGAAUCAGACUCUGAAGAGGAAGAAGAUGUCUGUUUUUUUUCUGUGAGUUAGCAGAAAUGUUCUGGGAUCUGCAGAAUUGUUCAGAAGCUGCUGGAAUAGUUCACAAGACAGCAGAUUUGUUGGGGAAGAGGCGAGUGUUGCAGUUUUAUUUUUUAAGCAUUCGUGUGCCUUUAACAAAACAGUAUAUUCACUGGAGUUUUAAAACAAUGUGAAUUUUGUGCACUAAAACUGUUCACUGUUUGUUCACGUUUAAUAAAUGUUUUUUGCACUCCAAAUGAUUCUAUUCUUUUUGCCCCAAACUGAAAUAUUGAGUUUUUAUAGCUUCCGUAACAUUUGCACAUUGACUCAAAGUAGGCCUAUGAUUUACACAAAACUAAACUUAUUAAAUACUUUAAUAUUGUAUACUGUGGUCAUUUAAACAAAAAGCAUAACAUUUUGGUGAAGUUUACUGUUUUUUGAUAUGUUGCAACUGUCCCUG